GUAUUCAAUUUUGCAUGUAUAAAUCAAUGUUUCGACCACAUAAUGGUCUUUAGCAAGAUCUAUCUAUUGAGAUAUAUAUAUAUAUAUAUAUAUAUAUAUAUAUAUAUAUAUAUAUAUAUAUAUAUAUAUAUAUAUAUAUAUAUAUAUAGUUUCAUUUUGAAGAAAAAAGCACUUUUAUUUAUUAUUUUAUUUAUUUCUUCAUUUAUAAAAUAUUUUACCAGGAAGGAAACAUUGAGAAAUCUCUCGUUUUCAAGUAUGUCCUGGGUCUACAAAACAUUGUGUUGAUACAAUAGGGCACAAUAUAAUACAAAAACAAUAUUAAUACACAACAUAUACAAAAUUUAACAUAGAACAGGUAGGAAAUAUAUCCUCAACCAUGACAGGUGCAUUCUGUUUUGAGAUACGUAGAGAGGGAUCUCUUAAAGGACUUUAGGCUUGGGGAAGAUUUGAAACUGUGCGGGAGGUCUUUCCAUAAUUCCAGUGCUUUGUAGGAAAAGAAGGAUCGAGCCGCUUUUUUUUUUUUUGUAUUGAGGUAGACUAAAGUGCUGGUACUGGAUCAAACAGUUAUUGAAAAAGGUUAAAAAGUAUCCAGGAGCUUAUAUUAACACUGACAUAAAUCCAUAUAUUCUUCAAACAAUUACGGAAAUUGGAUGGCUUGAUAAUAUUAUUCAAGGAGUCCAAAUAGUGACCUAUGCACCAAAUUAGUCCGAAACAGAAAGAGAAUACAACGUAUCAUAAAAACCUCUAACUUGUAAAGAUAUCCUUUGCAAGAUUAAACGAGGUUGAUAUGAAUUUGAUUUACAUUCAUAUAAGAAGGUCUUAGUAAAAGUAGAAAACGGAAAAAAUGAACUCCUUGAAUAAUAUUAUCAAGCCAUCCAAUUUCCGUAAUUGUUUGAAUAAUAUAUGGAUUUAUGUCAGUGUUAAUAUAAGCUUCUGGAUACUUUUUAAUCUAUUUGUUUGUACAUAUGUAUAAGAUUUGAUGAGAUCCUGUCCUUCCAGUUUAAGAGCUUUUUUAACUAAUGGUUUGUUUUAUUCACUCUUACCUAUUUUCUAACAGCCAAAUUUUUUGACUAUUAGAAUUCAAUUAUAUUGAAAAAGGUUGUUUGGGGGUUUGUUUUCAAUGUCAUAUUUAGUCUUUAUUGUGAAAUACUGUAGAGUUAGUGACCGCUAUAACAUGAUGGUUUAAAGGAGACUGCUAAUUCACUAACAUAUAUAAUGAGAGCUUGGCUCUUCAGAAUUAUUCUGUCAGGUGUUGCACAUUUCAUUUCAGACACAUAAUGUUGCAAAGUGGCAUUUUGUAGAUGUGUUUAAUUCUGCACUAAUCCUGCACUUGAGGUACCAUCACUUGCUGAACUCGUUAAAAUCGGCUAGGGCAGGCGUUAAACUGUCAAGAUGUAAACCAAAACCGUGGCAUAAACUUAAUGUUAGUAAGAUUUUGCAGAGUAGGGUUAGGCAACCUUUAGCACUUCAGAUGUCGUGGACUACAUCUCCCAUAACACUCUUCUAGACAGAAUGCUGGCAAAGUGUCAAGGAUGAUGUAGUCCAUAACAUCAGGAGUGCCAAAGGUUGCCUACCCUUACAGUAGAACAUGUAUAUUGGAGAGUGUUUUAUCACAUCAACUGGAUUGUCAUGUCUCAUAUAUGCCUUAUGUUAAAUAUCCACUCUCUUUCAGUUGGUGAAAAUGGCAAAGCGUUUGAAGAAGGAGAAAGUUAGCGUAGAUAUUAUCAACUUUGGAGAGGAGGUAUGAACUCAGAUUUUCUAUAAAAAAAAAUUUCUUCAAUUUUUCAAACAGGAUAUUUUAUAGCAACCUAGUUACUUUUAGUUUUGCUUACAGUUUGUAUGUCUUGCUAUGAUCAGACCUUUUAGUAACAUUCAGAUGAAAUACGCUAUUUUUUUCAUAAAGAUGCUGUUUGAAAAACACAGAAGUGACAAUGCAGCUUUAAGACUUGGAGUGGUCUGCAGUUUAUGGCUUUUGUAUGACCGUUUGUUUUACUCCUCCCAGGAAUCUAACACCGAGAAGCUGACUGCAUUUAUCAACACAUUGAAUGGAAAGGAUGGCACUGGCUCUCACUUAGUCACUGUUCCCCCAGGUCCAAGCCUAGCUGAUGCUUUGAUCAGCUCUCCCAUCCUAGCUGGGGAGGGAGGUGCAAUGCUAGGCCUUGGUGCCAGUGACUUUGAGUUUGGAGUGGAUCCCAGUGCUGACCCAGAGCUGGCUUUGGUAAGUAUCUAAAUUUUAUCCUUGAAAUGUAUAUAAAUGCUGAUUCUAUGCACAUGUAUCCAAUGUUCUUUGGACAAUUUUCGAGAUCCAUUAUUGCCAAAUUGCCUUACUCCAUAGCUUGGAUUAAAACUAAUACAAAGUUAGAGAUUUUACUGAUUGAAACUGCCUGUAAUGAUUUUCUCCCUAUGUGGAUGUUUUUGGCAUGUUUAUGUAUUGCCUGAAUUCAGCACUAUUUGUGUGUUACCUCAGGCUUUGCGUGUGUCCAUGGAGGAGCAGAGACAGCGGCAGGAAGAGGAGGCGAGGAGAGCUGCUGCUGCAUCCGCUGCUGAGGCUGGAAUAACAUCGACUGCACCCGAUGGUGAGAAACUCUAGCCUGUAACCCUCUAACUCUUUGCUGUGUUUUGCAUUGUAUUCUUCUAUUUACUUUUUGUUGGUGUAUGUGUGCAGAUUCAGAUGAGGCAUUGCUGAAGAUGACCAUUGGCCAGCAGGAAGGGGGCCGGACCGGUCUGCCAGAUUUCAGCAGCAUGACUGAGGAUGAACAGAUCGCUUAUGCAAUGCAGAUGUCUUUACAAGGAGCAGGUAUGGACUGGGGCUUGCACACGGCACAGUAACCUGCUACAACAGCCUCGCUCUUUGAAUAGGCUUCUUAUGAAGUAAAACAAACACAUUUACCAGCACUGGUAUUUCAGGGACUCUUGAGCGUAAUAUAUCUGGUCCAGUGAUUUCUGAGCUACUCAUGCAAUGCAUUUUAAAAUGAAUUGCGUAGAUUUUCAGGAUUUUUCCACAUACCAGCAUGUAAUUUGUGUCUUUAAGGAAGGUCCUAUUUAAUAAGAGGUUAGUCACCUGUGCUUGGUUGAACUUUGGACCCUGUCUCGUUUUGUUUAAAGAUCCUUUGACGAUUGUUAUGAACAGCUGUAACAUAUGCCCCCAUUAGUUCCACUGAGCCAAGCCCUAACAGAGUUUGCAAAGAUCUGGUUUAAAUGCACUGAAGUACCCCCAAAGUAAUUUUUUAUUUUAUAUAGUAAAUAUUUUGUGUUUUGACAAUGAGGCUUUGUAUAUAAUUUUUUUUUUAAUUUCUCCCAGCAGAAUUUGGCCAAGCAGAGUCAGGUGACUUAGAUAGCAGUGGUGUGAUGGACACAUCUGAGCCUGUCAAGGUGAGCUAUCUCCCUGAGACCGAUCACUCCAUCUUCGUUUCUUCCUUGACACUGAUUGAUACCCCAUUUUCUUCCCUUUACAGGAGGAGGAGGAUUAUGAUGUGAUGCAGGACCCAGAGUUUCUACAAAGUGUCCUUGAGAACUUGCCUGGCGUUGACCCAAAUAAUGAGGCCAUUCGCAAUGCCAUGGGUUCUCUUGCUUCCCAAGCAUCAAAGGAUACAAAGAAAGACAAGAAGGAGGAGGAAAAGAAGUGAGGUGCUGCAGCUGGGUGCUAAUAAACUAAUUAUGGGCUCUCAGAGGUGGGCUGGGGGUCGGGCAUGAAGACGUUGUAACUGGUUGUAGUCAUUAAUAAAAUACACGCUGUCCCUCUGAUCUGGCACCCAUCACUGGUUACUUAACCAAGCCACUUGGAAAGAACAUCCUGCUCCUGGAAGGGCUGAGUGCUCACGUCAACCAUCAUCUAAAUCCUACCUAUUGUCUGUGUGAGGACUCGCUCUUAUUGCUCAGAGACACUGCUCAAUCAUGUUCUAGAAUAUCAAAUGUGCUAAAUCCUGUUGGAGAAGCUGAGAACCACAUACUACAUUAGAUAAACUUACUGUCUCUUCCCUCACUCCUUGCCCCCUGCACUCUUGUUUUCUGUCACUCAUUAAGGUGUUGAAUUACAAAGCAAUUUGGGUGAUCCCUUUCCAUGAGGUUUAUGGGUUUGUUUGGUUUUUUUUCGGGGUAUUUUUCAGAAAACUCUCCCAUAAACUCCCUUCAUAGAUCCUGUGUUGGAAUUAGAAAAGUGCUGUAAAACCCAGAUUGUUUACUCAGGGAGACAUAUUGAAAAUGAAAGUGAUAAUAACUAUAUUGCCAUUUUACUCUGUAGUGGAUGAAAGCUCUGUCAGGUUGCCUACAGCCUGUUCAGUUCCGCAAGAUCUAUUCAAAUGUGCCGGUUACUUUAACAAGGUGAUCCUAUAGAGGGACAGUAUACUAAAAUAAAUUCCAACUUGCCUGUGUUUCUUAAAUCAUUGCCCACCAUGUAAUGUCUGAUGCUCAAAGUGAUAAUAGUGGAAGUGUGUAGGUGCAGGAUGUGGGAGUGUUUGUAUGUAUCUAUUGGUUGGUAAGAGUAUGCAGUGAUUGAGCUAAAUAUAAACGGGAGUUACAAGAAUCUGUGAUGGCGAUGUUGGUUCUAAAGAACAUUUUUGAGUUGUUUAAAAAAAAAAAAAAAAAUGUCCCUCACAGCUGUUUGCUUAUUAUGGGGCAGAGACGGCAUUGCUGUGUUAUUGCUCCUACUUUAAACCUGUAAACUUUUGCAAAAGAUGUUUGGAACUAUAAAGUAUUGAAAAUAAAAUUGGUGACAACCUUCUUUUACUUGAGUGAUAGAGUGAUAAAUCUUUGAGAAUUCUAACCGUGUCUCCCUUCAAAUGUGCUACAGCCUUCAUUUUACCAUUAUUCACAUACUGACACAUUCAUGAGAUAUUCUCUAAAAUCUUGCUAAACUAUAUGUCUUCACUCACUCAUACAGGAACUAGUAUUUCUUACAUGUUAUUUUCCAAAUUAUUAUAUGCCAA